AUGGCCCUUCUCCUAGACAACAACUGCGAAAGCAUUUUACUCUCUUUGGACACUCACAAAUCAGUUCCUGCACCCUUCCUCACCAAAACAUACCAACUUGUAGACGAUCCCAACACCGACCACAUAGUCUCUUGGGGCCAAGACGACACCACCUUUGUCGUUUGGCGCCCCCCAGAGUUCGCCAGAGACCUUCUUCCAAACUACUUCAAACACAACAACUUUUCGAGCUUCGUUCGCCAACUCAACACUUAUGGUUUCAGAAAGAUCGUGCCUGACAGGUGGGAGUUUGCGAAUGAGUUCUUCAAAAAAGGAGAGAAGCACUUGCUGUGUAAGAUCCACAGAAGAAAAACUCCUCAGCAUCAACAAGUGCCUGCAGCCAUGAAUCUUCACCAUCAACAUCAUUCUUCUCAUCAAUUUGGACUUAGCGUUCCUCCUACUUUCUUUCCCUUACACAACAGACUCAGCGUUUCGCCUCCCACUGACUCGGACGAGUUGGCCAAUUGGUGUGACUCACCGCCACUCACUUCCCCGAGACCAAGUGGAACCGCUUCAAUCAACAACAACUUCAACACUGUCACUGCUCUUUCUGAGGACAACGAAAGACUCAGGCGAAGCAACAACAUGCUCAUGUCAGAGCUUGCACACAUGAAGAAGCUUUACAACGACAUAAUCUACUUCGUUCAGAACCAUGUCAAACCCGUGUCUCCAAGCAACACUUUCCCUUCUUUUCUUCUCUGCAAUAAUAAUAAUAAUAAUAAUAACACACCACAAGCACAAGCCUCUCAAAUAAGUAAUGUUUCAACGGUGCAAAGGCCAACGAAUCAGCUUGUGGGGUGUUAUUCCACUAAUACAAAACAAGCUCAUGCUGUGAACUCUCCCACUAACAGUUCCAUAACAAUUGUUGAAGAGGCUAGUAGUGAAAACUGCAGGACCAAGCUUUUUGGGGUGUCUCUUCAAUCCAAGAAAAGGAUGCACUCCGAGUUUGAAUCUAGUAAUUUCCUGAGUUCCGAAACAAACAAGGCUCGUUUGGUGUUAGAAAAUUAUGAUUUGGGCUUGAAUCUCAUGCCCCCGUCUACUUGUUAG